ACCAAGUCUCUGUAGCAAUUGGAAAGACCCUUUCUGCUAACUAGAAUAAGAGUCUUUGUAAGAUCUAUGAAGGCCAUAUAGAGAGUUUUUCUUCGUUCUUGAUGCUUUUUUUUCUUGCAGUUGCCUUAGUGCGAAGACCAGCUUGAUCAUAUAUUAUCCCCUCCAUCUAUGCUAUUUCGGAAAUCCAGCAACCCUGAAGUCUCUUCUGGCCCUCGAAAGUCAUUCAAGUUUAAAAGACAGCUGAGUGAAGAUGGAAGACCAUUUAGAAGAGGAAGCCUUGGAGGAGCUUUGACUGGCAGGUACCUGCUUCCCAAUACCAUUGCACAGCAGUCAUGGCAACCUGCAGAAACCUCCAAUCUUGUUCGUAUGCGUAGCCAAGCUCUUGGGCAAUCGGCUCCUUCGCUUACUGCUAGUCUGGAAGGGCCACUUCAGAAGAGCCAUUUCAGCUCAACACGGCACCGUCAGAGACUAGUGGAACCAGCGGCUACGAAAAAGGAGCUGAGUCUUCCAAGAAGAGGAAGUUUUUGUCGGACAAGUAACCGAAAGAGCUUGAUAGGCAAUGGACAAUCUCCAGCUCUGCCUCGGCCUCAUUCACCUCUUUCAGCUCAUGCAGGAAGCAGUCCUCAAGACAGCCCUAGAAAUUUCUCUCCCAGUGCCUCAGCCCAUUUUUCUUUUGCACGAAGUCAUGGGCACCGAAAUGACAGGACUGAUGGACGCCGCUGGUCUUUGGCCUCUCUCCCCUCCUCCGGCUAUGGUACAAAUACACCCAGCUCGACGGUUUCUUCAUCCUGUUCCUCCCAAGAGAAGUUACACCAGUUACCAUACCAACCAACACCUGAUGAACUACAUUUUUUGUCUAAACAUUUCUGUACCACUGAAAGCAUCGCCAGUGAUAACAGAUGCAGGACCACACCAAUGCGCCCUCGAUCCAGAAGUCUCAGCCCUGGACGAUCUCCCGCCUGCUGUGACCAUGAAAUAAUUAUGAUGAACCAUGUCUACAAAGAAAGGUUCCCAAAGGCCACAGCUCAGAUGGAAGAACGGCUUCAGGAUAUUAUCACCAGCCAUUCUCCUGAUAACAUUCUUCCCUUGGCAGAUGGAGUGCUCAGCUUUACCCACCAUCAGAUCAUUGAGCUGGCUCGAGAUUGCUUGGAUAAAUCCCAUCAGGGCCUCAUUACGUCACGAUACUUCUUUGAAUUACAGCACAAAUUAGACAAAUUGCUGCAGGAGGGUCAAGAGCGAUCAGAAAGUGGAGAACUGGCAUUUAUUAAGCAACUAGUCCGAAAGAUCCUCAUAGUCAUUGCUCGUCCUGCACGCUUAUUAGAAUGCCUGGAAUUUGAUCCUGAAGAAUUUUACUAUCUCUUGGAAGCUGCAGAAGGACAUGCUAAAGAGGGGCACGUGAUUAAAACAGACAUCCCUAGGUAUAUUAUAAGCCAGCUGGGUCUGAAUAAGGAUCCUCUGGAAGAAAUAGCUCAGCUAGCUAACUAUGACAGUGGCACAGCAGAAACUCCAGAAACAGAUGAAUCGAGCUCUAAUACAUCAGUGACGCUCCGGAGGAAACCUCGUGAAAGCGAUUUUGAAACAAUUAAACUGAUUAGUAAUGGAGCUUAUGGUGCUGUUUAUUUUGUGCGACAUAAAGAAACCAGACAGAGAUUUGCCAUGAAGAAAAUUAACAAACAGAAUCUCAUUCUCCGAAAUCAGAUUCAGCAGGCCUUUGUUGAGCGUGAUAUCCUGACAUUUGCAGAAAAUCCAUUUGUCGUCAGCAUGUACUGCUCCUUUGAAACUAGACGCCAUUUAUGUAUGGUCAUGGAAUAUGUGGAAGGUGGAGAUUGCGCUACUUUAAUGAAGAAUAUGGGUCCUUUACCUGUGGAUAUGGCAAGGAUGUAUUUUGCUGAGACUGUGCUAGCCUUGGAAUAUCUGCAUAAUUAUGGAAUCGUACACAGGGAUUUGAAGCCAGACAAUUUAUUAGUAACAUCCAUGGGACAUAUUAAGCUUACAGAUUUUGGGCUUUCUAAAGUGGGGCUAAUGAGCAUGACUACAAAUCUUUAUGAGGGUCACAUUGAGAAGGAUGCUAGAGAGUUCCUUGACAAGCAGGUCUGUGGCACACCUGAAUAUAUAGCACCAGAAGUGAUAUUGAGGCAGGGCUAUGGCAAGCCAGUGGACUGGUGGGCCAUGGGAAUUAUCCUAUAUGAAUUUCUUGUUGGGUGUGUGCCAUUCUUUGGAGAUACACCAGAAGAGCUAUUUGGACAAGUAAUCAGUGAUGAGAUCAACUGGCCUGAAAAGGAUGAAGCCCCACCUCCAGAUUCCCAGGAUCUGAUUACUCUACUGCUCAGACAAAACCCUAUGGAGAGACUGGGAACAGGUGGCGCAUAUGAAGUAAAGCAACACCAGUUCUUUCGUAGUUUAGACUGGAAUAGUCUGCUGAGACAAAAAGCAGAAUUCAUUCCACAGCUGGAAUCUGAGGAUGACACAAGUUAUUUUGACACUCGUUCUGAGAAAUACCACCAUAUGGAAACUGAAGAAGAGGAUGACACAAAUGAUGAAGACUUUAAUCUGGAAAUAAGGCAGUUUUCCUCAUGUUCACAUAGAUUUUCAAAAGUUUUUAGUAGCAUAGAUCGAAUAACUCGGAAUCAAGGUGAAGAAAAGGAAGAUACAGGAGACAAAACAAAAAAUGUGACGUUGCCAUCUGUGGAAUCUUUAAGCUGGAGUUCAGAAUAUUCUGAACUGCAACAGCUAUCUACAUCCAACUCCUCUGAUACUGAAAGUACCAGGCUGCGGCACAGUUCAGGUUUGCUUCCAAAAUUGGCCAUAUCAUCUGAAGGGGAUCAAGAUGAAACCACCUGCUCAGAAGGAUCCCGGGCGGAGCAAGAAAAGGCUGCUUUAAAUGAGGAGGCUGCUCAAGAUGAGCCUGAGGUCACCACUCCAGCAAGUACCAUCAGCAGCUCAACACUAUCAGUUGGCAGUUUUUCAGAGCACUUAGAUCAGAUAAACGGAAGAAAUGAGAGUGUGGACAGUACAGAUAAUUCCUCAAAGCCAUCCAGUGAACCUGCUUCUCAUAUGGCUCGUCAGCGAUUAGAAAGCACAGAGAAAAAGAAAAUAUCUGGAAAAGUCACAAAGUCCCUGUCUGCCAGUGCCCUGUCCCUCAUGAUUCCAGGAGAUGUGUUUGGUGUUUCUCCUUUGGGAAGUCCUAUGUCCCCACAUUCCCUUUCUUCAGACCUUUCAUCCUCCAGAGAUUCCUCCCCUAGCCGCGAUUCCUCAGUUGCUUCUGCAACCCCUCAUCAACCUAUAUUAAUUCACAGUUCAGGAAAAAAGUAUGGCUUCACCAUCCGAGCAAUCAGGGUCUAUGUGGGUGACAGUGAUAUCUACACCGUGCACCAUAUUGUUUGGAAUGUCGAAGAAGGAAGCCCAGCUUACCAAGCAGGCCUAAAGGCUGGGGAUCUGAUCACACAUAUCAAUGGGGAGCCAGUUCAUGGCCUUGUUCACACUGAAGUCAUAGAGCUGUUGUUAAAGAGUGGAAACAAAGUGUCAAUUACUACAACCCCCUUCGAGAACACUUCAAUCAAAACAGGCCCAGCCAGGAGGAAUAGCUACAGGAGCCGAAUGGUUAGACGCAGUAAGAAAACCAAAAAGAAAGAGAGCCUAGAAAGGAGGAGGUCUCUCUUCAAGAAGUUAGCCAAGCAGCCCUCUCCCCUUCUUCACACGAGCCGAAGUUUCUCCUGCCUGAACCGAUCCCUUUCAUCAGGAGAGAGCUUGCCUGGCUCCCCAACUCACAGCUUGUCUCCCAGGUCUCCUACCCCAAGCUACCGCUCCACUCCUGAUUUCCCAUCCGGUACCAAUUCCUCCCAGAGCAGCUCCCCUAGCUCAAGUGGACCCAAUUCUCCAGCUGGCUCAGGUCACAUAAGACCCAGCACUCUUCACGGGUUGGGUCCAAAGCUUGGUGGACAAAGAUACCGGUCAGGAAGACGCAAGUCAGCUGGCAGCAUUCCUCUUUCCCCUUUGGCACGAACACCUUCUCCAACACCCCAGCCACCGUCCCCUCAACGAUCUCCAUCACCUUUAUUGGGACAUUCAAUUGGAAAUUCAAAAAUCGCUCAGGCAUUCCCUAGCAAGAUGCAUUCCCCUCCAACUAUUGUGAGACACAUAGUGAGGCCAAAGAGUGCUGAGCCACCCAGGUCUCCACUGCUAAAGAGAGUCCAGUCUGAAGAGAAACUUGCACCUUCUUAUGGUUGUGACAAGAAACACUUAUGUUCACGCAAACACAGCCUGGAAGUGACUCAAGAAGAGGUGAAUAGGGAAUUGUCCCAAAGAGAAGUAACUCUUCAGAGCCUGGAGGAGAAUGUGUGUGAUGUGCCAUCACUCACCCGAGUCAGGCCUGCAGAGCAAGGCUGCCUAAAACGCCCUGUCUGCAGAAAGUUGGGUAGGCAAGAGUCUGUUGAUGAGCUGGAUAGAGAGAAAUUAAAGGUCAAGAUAGUUAUGAAAAAGCAAGAUCUUGCUGAGAAACAAGAUUGUCUGCAGAAAGCAAGUACUAUACAUGAGCCUAGUGGUGAAUCAGAAAAUCCUGCUAUCUUAAGACUGGAAGAAAGAGACAAAAAAUCAUUUCAAAAGGCUUUGGAAAGAUCAAAUCACUUUGAAACUAAAAUUACUGCUCUGGAGACUCCGUCAGUAGGUGGCAUACUCAAAGACACCCUUCACAAGAAUGCAAACAUGAGACCAAAUGACUGUAUUCCUUUAGAUACACACAUGCCAUGUCAUGGGCCUCCUCUUAAUGAACUCAGCCAUCUCUCUUAUGACUUCAAAAGAAUUUCCCCUCCAUGUACAUUGCAAGAUGUGCUACCUCACUCAUCUGACAGGCUGCUAAAUGGAAAGGGAGAAAGCACAGAUAAAAAUGCACCAACAAAAGAAUUUGUCAAAUUUGAAAGACUAGAUGGUAAGCUUGCAAAUAUUGAUUAUCUCAGAAAGAAAAUGUCCUUUGAAGAAAAAGAUGACAGUCUCUGUCCAGUGUUAAAGCCCAAACUGACAUCAAAUGUUCAUGAAUGCCUUCAACUUAAUACAGUCAGACCCAUCAAUGUACAGCAGGAUUCCGCUGCAGUUGCUGAUAGCAGAGCAUUUAUCAGUAGUGCACAUGCUGCUCAGAUUAGCUCAGUUUCUUUUGUUCCUCUCAAAGCCUUAAAUGGCCGAGUGGAAACUGGUUUGGAAAAAUCAGCCCUGAUUUCUACUGAGUCUCCUGUCAGAAAAAGUCCAUCGGAGUAUAAACUAGAAGGGAGAUCGGUUUCUUGUUUGAAACCAAUUGAAGGCACUUUAGACAUUGCCUUACUGUCUGGGCCACAGGCUUCAAAGACCGAACUGCCUUCAUGCCUGCUACCAGAAAGUCAAAACACCAGCAAUGAGGUAGGCUCUUCCAUGCCUCUGGCAUCUCAGUGCAAUGGUGUAAAGGAGGAGACAUCCUGUCAGAAAGAGGUGGUGUCGCCCUAUUCAAAGUCUAGUAAAUCUAAUCUGCUAGAGCCCCAAUUUUCACAGUCAAGCAAGAGUUUUCAAAAUGCACCAGCAACCCCUGUGACCGCAGAACUAGAAACAGGAAAAAAGAUUUCCAGCCCAGAUGCUGCAUGCAACAUUUCUGUCAGGGAAGGUGAUCAAAAGAGAGAGGAUUCCCAUUCAAAACAGAAGGACCAUGCGACUGAGGCAAAAUUACACACUGUCCAUAAUCAAUGUCUCCACACUGCCCUGGCAUCUGCCACACCUUCCACAGCCCAAGGUACCCCAGAAAAAACUGCAGGAAAAGAGAGUCAAACCCAAAAGGAGUUACCUGUCAAGUAUCCAGUGACACAAAGAAAUUACGAAUCUUUCUCUGUAAAGGCUGAGGGGAUCAGAGAUUCAUCUGUGAAGAAAUCUAUCCCAGAUGCUUUUAAAACAAGUGAUUCCAAAACCAUUCAGAGACUCUCUGCUGACUUUGCCAUUCCCCUUCAAACACAUAGAACAACGAGAGUGCAGACAGCUGGCUCUAAGGUGGAGUCUAAAGAUGGCAAAGAUCUACCAAAACAAUUUGCCAAAGAUGACAUUACCCCUGCUGGGUCUUCUGUAGAGAGGGACAUGAACAAGCAGGAGGUGAUGGACUCAAAGAGUGAAAUGGCUUUUCCCAAAAGGCCUGUACAACAAUCAGUAGAGUCUAAUACUAAGAGUGAGAAAUCACUUGUGUGUUCCUCUGCACAGAAGGACAACUCCAAAGAUUUGAGAAAGAAAGAUCAGAAACACUCUAGCAAUAUACAGCUUCAUAUUAUAGAGAGAAAGCUACCCAACCUGAUUACCAGGCAGCAGUUUAGCCCUUCGUGUUUCCCUUCUGUGAGAGAGACUGUAAACAGAAACUCUGUAAUAGAUGCUCAUGUGCAUUUAGGUGUUCAAGAGCAAGUCAAAACUGGUUCAGCCUACAUGGAAAGCAGUAAUAAUAAAUCCAGGCAAAUAAAUGAAACUUGUUCCUCUAAAUCUAAGCACUCUGACAAAUUCACAUUUGCACAAAAGCAGUGCACUGCAAACAUAAAAGAAGAAGAAACAGUUAUUCAGCCCGCUGCUGGCUCUCGGAAAGAUGGGAAACAUGCCAAUAAAAGUGUGCAGGAUUCUCAUUCUUUUGUUCUUAUUUCUCAGAGAAAACUAAACAAUGAGUACAUUCAGGUAGAAAAGCCUCUAGGUCUGGAACAUGGGUCAGCACCUUCAAUCCAAAUCAAUAGCAGCACUCCUGAAACCAAACCUAAAUCCUCUUGUAACGGCCAGGCACCAGCAGGCUCAGAAAACUCCAAGCAUUUUCUAAGUCAGGAAACAGCAGGCUUCAGUGAGACUGCUGAUCAAAAGCAACUCUAUGUAAAUGAAAAGCAAAACAUGCCUCCAAAGUUUUCCACUGUGAAAGACUGUCUCUUAUUGAACAAACUGGCAGACAAGGACCAAAGUAAUCAGGCCAUCACUGCAGACAAAAGACCUGAAGGACAAAAAUGCACUGAAGCACUUUAUGUUCAGAAUGACAGUGGGAAGUUGGAGCCCAGCCUUUUCCUUAACUGUGACCUGGGGAAAGUAGCAGAAAAGGCACCCAUAGUUAGCAAAGGCUCUCCAGAUUCAAAAGGGAAGGGACAAGUUAGUCAAAAACAGUUAACAGAUGCGAACAAGCAGAUUACAGCAAUGCUUUUAUCAACUGCCACUGUGCAGAGUUCAUGUCAUUCAGCUGUAACUCCAUCAAAGCAGCUGAAUUGUCCACCCAACUUCCCUGAAUCUAGGCAAGAAACAUCUCCUCUGUCUUCAGCCAAGGUUAAAACAGGCUCACCAGAGCUUCCUGACACCAGCUGCAAGGAACUGAAAAAGCAAGCUACCUCUUCUACAGGGGAUGGUAAAAGAGAAAUCACUAAGAGCGUUUCACUGUUGACCUUGCAUAGCUCUGCUAUCCCAGUAGAAGCCCUUCAUCCUGCUUCAAACCUUGGGAGUAAACCUGGAAAUCAAGAAAAGCCUCUUUCUGCUAGCAACACUGUUAAUGUAAAGGGAGAAGAUCCCAUUCAAGCUAAGCCUCCUGCUGCAAAAAAACAGAAUGUAGGUAAAGAUUUUCCCAGGUCAGUAACCACCUCUGACCGUCCUACUGCACUUUCAUCUGAUAAAGACUCAGUACGGCAGAGGCGAGGAAAGGAUGCUUCACGGAGCAGUCCUCAUAAAAAGUCCUCUCAAUAGCAUUAACUUGGCAGAUAUGACUUAGACUUUAGCUGAAAAUGUGUUGAUGUGUCUUGACUACCUUCUGAAACCAGCACUGUGUGGUAUCUUUACAUGGCAAAGCUUUCAUGCCACUCCAGCAGGGGGCAGUGUGUAGAAAGAGACGUCCUUUUUCAAAAUGCCUUCCCAAAUGUAACCGGUAAAACUGUUACCAUAGAGUAUUUGUAUAAAAUUACCUUUACAGUUGAGAGUUGUUGAGAAAAAGAUUUUCCCUGUAAAUAUCUCAUGACGUGUUUGGUUUUGAAUGUAGCAUAUAUACGUUGCUGCUGAUUGCAUUGUUUACUAUUACUUUUUUUUUUUUUGGCGAUAGUUGCUUUGCCACUUAUAUGCCAUAAUCAAAUAUGAAGCAGAAUUACUGAAAUUCAGACCUUGGAUAAACAAUACACACUUAGUCUGAUUUAAAGGGAAAGAAAAUAAGCCACAUUUUUACUUGUUAAAAAUUCUAUAUAGUGUUAAAAACAAUAGAAAAAAUAUGAUGGCUUAUUGGAAGUUUUUAUGUAUAUUUUAACUAACCGUAGAUUUUGAUAGUACUGUAUCUGGCUAACUGCUUCACCAGAUCGAACGUAAGACCCAACCGAACCUCCUCAGUGCAAAGCCUGCCUCUUAUUUAGAAUAGGCAUAGUUACAGUGAAGGGGAAAGCCUCCAUUAACACUACACCCAGUUGAGUAGCAUUAUCUGGUGAAACAGAUGUUCUCAUCUUGUCUUUAGGGAGGCUACCUGGGACCUUCACUUCAGACAAGGCUGAGACUGCAAGCACAUGUGCUUAGUUUCUGCCGCAAUCCUGUCUUGGUUCCCUUGUAGCUCUUUUAAAUUCAGGCCUUUAUAGAGAUGAGGCACAAGUAGAAGCAAAUGACUUGCAUUCUAUUCCCAUCCCUGUUUUUUAAUGAAUGUAAAGAAUAUCAGUUAUCAUGGUAUGUAGGUUUGAGUAACUAGCUUCAUGCUUUUUUCUCUUUUUUCUCUUUUAUAUGACAAGUCUGGUAAAAAGGAAAAAAGUGAUUUCAGUAUCAUAUCUUCACAAAAGAGCUUGACAUUGAUACAUUUUAAUACAUAGCUGGGGCCUUAUGUUAUAGAGCAAACUUGCUGUUUUUAGCAAGUAAUCCCUGGGUUUCACAUUCAUUUCUAAAUGCAUUGAGUAGCUCCUGGCAUUUCAUAACAUGAUCUCUUUAUUUGUAUGCAAAAAAGAAAAGGGGAAAAAAAAAGUAAAUACUGUAAUGUAAAAAAGCAGAAUUUUUUUAACAAAGGGACCUGUUGGAGCUAUUUGGUGCUAGAAUGUGUCUGUCUUUAUUACUUUUGCUAAGCCUUAUUUAAAUUUUGUAUACUGUGGAACAUGUUGAAUUUGUCUGAUCGUUUUAGUGUGGAGGUAUUUGGUUUGUUUUGAAGGACAAAAGGUAAAGUUUGAAGCGUACAGGAGCACUACAGAAAUAUCCAUACAGAUGAGUAUUUUUAAAUUGGUAUCAAUAAGAUGGUAUUUUUGCUUAUUUGUGUUAUAAAUAACCAUAUAAGAGCCAAUCUACUUUCAGUUUCCUCUGGAAUUUCUUUGUUUCUAGAACUAUACAAUUUUUCUUCAAAGCACAGUGUAAUUUUGGCUUGGAGAUUUGUAAGGCACCUAGUAUGCUAAUUCCCCCCCCCAUGCUUAGUUGGGUUUAGAUUCAUUUCAGUGAGUCUGUGAUUAAAAGAUAAAAUUGCCAACAAGUCCUCCUAAUUUUUCACACUGUGCUAUUGCAUUCAUUUCUUGUUCUGUGCUCUCACACGAUACAACAAUUGGAGAAAAUAGCUUUGAAAAGUUUUGAAGAGAAAAUGGUCUCAGCAUUUACAGUAUAUAGCUGUGCUUUGGCGGUUGUUCUAACCAAACACUAAUGCACUUAGGUAUCAUGACAUUUCUGGCUGGGAGGUAUUUCCUAGUUUACAGUCUUUUGCAUUUUUAAACUGUCCUCAUUUCCUUUAAAACACAUCUAGCUAUUUGUUUACAAAUGUAUCUUUUAUGUAUAUUUUGUAUAGUGCAUUAUCACUUCUGCCAAAUAAGGGUUGUUGGGUUUUUGUUUGGCUGGGUUUUUUGGUUUUUUUGCAUUUGGAGGCGUAACAGUGCUUAAACUUGUGUUCAUGUAGUACCUGUUUGUUGGUGUUUACCUUACCAGUGAGCUGUUAGAGAUCCUUUCACCUGUGUACUAGAUGGUCUAUCUUUGUGUGAUUGUUGAUUAUGACGUGCUCCUUUGUAGACUUCCUGCUGUAGAUUUAUCAGCUUACAAAACCUGUUUGUUAGGGUCUGUGCAAUAAAGUGUUUGAAGUCUUAUUUUCUUUAAGAAACUCCCUAUGGAUGUCAUAAUUGUUGUAUACUGAACAAAAAUAUUUAUACCUAUGCAGUUGCAUACAACUGAAAUAAAAAUUGAGCAUGAAAAGAUAGUUA